GUGAAAACUGAAAAAGACAAUAGGGGUAGCAAUGUGAAACACGAGUUGUAAAUUUUAUGCAUCUGAAGAAAACUAAUAGAAAAUUGGGUCAAAUUAUAAGAAAAGGUACUAAAGCUAAUUAGUAAACCCCACCAUAUCUGUCACGUUCAUGUUAACAUCCGUAACCAAUAAUAUAACUUUAUACUACAUUUUUUUUUUGUGUCUGCUUAAUUGUGUCAAAUGGGUUCCUACCAUGACAAAAGGGACAAAGCAAAUCAAAGGCAAGAAGCAAAUCUCUGGCUUUGGCCAUAUAUAUUGCACAGUUAGAUUUUGAAACCAAGGCAAUUAAUCUUCUGCUUUCCUCAAAUUAAAGACAAAUUCCCAUAGAUGGAGCAAAACCCAAACUCCUCAUCAUCCAAGGCUGACAGGAAAACCAUUGAGAAGAAUAGAAGAAAUCAAAUGAAGACCCUUCUUACUCAGCUCAAUUCACUUGUUCCUCAUCAAUCUAAUAAGGAAGCAUUGUCUCUGCCAGAUCGGAUUGGGGAAGCCAUAAGCUACAUAAAAACUAAGCAGAUCAGGCUGGAGGAGCUGAAGGAGAAAAGGGAUUCUUUGAUAGAACCCAAAAAGAGCAAAAAUGUGAUGGGAAGUUUGAGGGAGCCACAUGUUGAUGUUCAAGAAAUGGGAUCGGCACUACAGGUGGUUCUCAUCACCGGAUCAGAUUGCCGGUUCAUGUUUAGGGAGGCCAUUCGGGUGUUGCAUGAGGAAGGUGCUCAAGUUGUCAAUGCUAGUUUUUAUGUUGCCGGAGACACCAUUUUCCACACCCUUCAUUCUAAGAUUGAUGAAUCUGCUCAAGGUCAUGCAGCUGCAAGGAUAACUGAGAGGCUGAAGAAGUAUGUAUACGGCUAAAAAAAUCGAGACUUGAUUUCGUUAAUCAAAACUGUGGUCUCAAAAGUCAAAAGUCUCAAGUGAUUUUGAGGUUGGAAGACUGUAUACAUUAAUGUGAACUCAGUUAACAUUUUCGUGGUUGGUUUAAGUUUAACUAUAUUUAUUACAGUUAUGUUUUAGUCAGUCCUUUUGGUUUGCACUCGAAGGUUAUGAACAUUAUUAGGUCUAUUUGACAAAUACAGACACUGCAACUUCGUUUGGUACUCAAUUUGUUGCAGUUUCAACAUAGAUUAGUGACGCAUUUGCAUUGAUGAAUGAAUACUCUCUGAAAAUGUGGUGCAAAGCUUAUGAUUUUGAGGGUACUUUCUAUUUUGGGCCGUAUCUGUGGAUGACAAUUAAUCACCUUCUUUUUGGAGCCAGCCCAAGCUCCAAAUUAAUCAUUGUCAGUAUGGAGCUAACCUAAUGACGUCCCACCUCAUCCUUUGUCGUUCAGCCAUACUCUUAAAUUUGGAAUAUGUGAUUUAUUGUUCGAUUUUAAUAUGAGAGAAUGUUACGGUAUUAUAUUUUACUUAUUUUGAAUAAUAACUACUAUUUGUAAUUACUUAGUUACUUAGGGUUUGGUUAAUGUAAAACUUGUAUAUAACAAACCCUAUUCUCAAUACCAACGGCAAGAAAGUUUUCGGCCAAAUCUACAACCUUUCUUCUUCGUCUGAUCACUGUUUGUUAGAGAAGACUUGCUACUUGUUCGGACGUCAACUUACAUUUCAUUUUGCCACUUAAAAGUGAAAAGUGUUUCAAAUUGAAAAUUAAAUGGGAAAUAAAAAUGUUGUUUGGAUGUUGGUUU